AUCCACGUAGACGACUCUUCCCUCUUCUUCGUCUCGAAACCCUUCCCGGACCCUGCCCUUCUCGAUCCCGACUCCGACCUCCCCGAAACCUCCACGCACCAUUUCCACCACCGGAUCUCCUGCCGAGCGAUGGCGGCGGACGCAGCGAGCGGCGACGGGCAGGAAAAGGUGAUCGCGGUAGCGAAGCACAUCGUCAGCAGCCUCGCCUCGUCGAAGAACGCUGCCGAGGAUAUGAUCCGCAUACUUUCCGGCUUCGACAACCGCCUCUCCACCAUCAACGAUCUCAUCCUCCCUUCUGCCGACGAUGGCGGAGGUUGUCCCGACGGAGAUGACUUCGGUGCCUCGGAGGCUGAACUCCGGCUCGAGGCUGCCGAGAAGGUCAUACUCCGCUGGGACGCCUCCGAUUCCUUUGUGUGGGAGUCUUCGUCUCCCGAGGACGCAGAGGAGUACCGCGCUGCGGUUGGUGAUCUUAUCCGCUUAACAGGUUAUAAAACCUCUCCAGGCGGCUGCAGUGGAUCGCCUGACGGCCUCGUUAAUCGCGCGGAUAUUGCACUCCAGAUGGCAAUGUCCCGGCUUGAGGAGGAAUUUAGCAAUUUGAUGGUUCGCAACGCGGUCCCCCUGGACUCCAAUGACUUAAGCUCCUCCAUUCGUCGUCUCUCCAUCUCUUUUGCAUCCGACAUCGGAGAGCCUAUAGAAUACUUUGAGAGCUCCGUUGAAGAUGAAAACCAACACCAUCAGCAGUCGCCACCACAGCACCAAGAAGGAAGUCCUGAAGAUAGAUCUGGAAGAAGUCUGGUGGACGAGCGGAGCUUAGAUCUGAUUCAUCCUGAAGUUGUCCCUGAUCUCAUUGCAAUCGCAGAACUUAUGAUAUGGGCCAAGUAUGACCGUGAGCUCCAUCAGGUGUACUGCACAGUACGCCGGGAUAUCCUCGAGGAGUGCCUCUCUAUUCUUGGCAUUGAUAGGAUGAGCAUAGAGGAGGUACAGAGAAUUGAGUGGAGGAUGCUUGAUGACAAGAUGAAGAAGUGGAUUCAGGCCCUGAAGAUCGUUGUUCGAGUUCUGCUCUGGGGAGAGAAACGGCUCUGUGACCAGAUUCUGGCUUCUUCAGAGGAGCUUAAGGAAGAGUGUUUCACAGAAACUGUUAAGGGGUCAGUUAUGCAGCUACUUAACUUUGGUGAUGCCAUUACUAUAUGCCAGCGGUCUGCUGAAAAGCUCUUUCGUAUCCUGGAUAUGUAUGAGGUGCUUGCUGAUGUUUUGCCAGAUCUUCAGACCUUGUUUGUUGGAGACUCAGAGGACCUCGUAUGUGUAGAGGCCGAAGGGGUUUUGCAUAGAUUAGGUGAUGCAGCGAAAGGAACUCUUAUGGAAUUUGGGAGUGCAAUCAAGGGGGAGUCAUCUCGGAAGCCAACGCAGUGGUGUGAGAUCCAUCCCAUGACACGCUAUGUCAUGAACUAUGGAAGAUUACUUGCGGACUACAUGAAUACCAUAAAUUUGCUUUUAGAUGAUGGAACGACAAGCAGUGAUCAGGGCAAUUCUGAAGUUCAUGAUAAUAGGAACACUGAUGGAGAGACUUUUGAGAGCACGACUCCAUUAGGUCGUCAUAUGGUUCUGACAAUUUCAUAUUUGGAAUCUAAUUUGGAUGAAAAAUCCAAAAUUUAUGAAGAUGGAGCAAUGCAGUAUAUAUUUCUUAUGAACAAUAUACUCUAUAUUGUCAAUAAAGUGAAGGAUUCAGAUCUUGGGAAGCUUUUGGGAGACCACUGGAUAAGAAAGCGCCGCAGCCAAAUUCGGCAGUAUGCCACAGCCUACCUUAGAACUUCCUGGACCAAAGUGUUGUCUUGUUUGAAGGAUGAAGGAAUGGGGAGUGGUAGCUCCAGCAGUGUCUCAAAGGUCACUCUAAAGGAGAAGUUUAAAAGCUUCAACUUGGCAUUUGAAGAAAUUUAUAGGGUUCAGACCACUUGGAAGGUUCCAGAUCCUCAGCUCCAAGAAGAACUGAGAAUUUCAAUAUCAGAGAGGGUCAUCCCAGCAUAUCGAGCAUUUAUGGGAAGGUAUGGCAGUCAAUUAGAUGGUGGAAGAUAUGCGACAAAAUAUAUAAAGUAUACACCAGAUGAUUUGGAGAGCCAGCUUUCAGAUCUGUUUGAAGGUUUAUCUGGUGCCACUCCGAAAAAAAAGACUUAGUUUAUGAAGUUACAGUGAGUUGUGAGAGGGCUUUCGAGAAGAUUCAAAUAAAAGAUGACUAGGGGGCGCUUAGACAAGGAACUCAAUAGGUGAUUCAAGUGAAGGAUCAUCAAACAACUCUUUAGAAGGCUUAUAUAAAGGAUCAUCAGGACUCUUUAAAAAGCUUAAGCAAAGAAUUGUUAGCGAGCUCUUGAGAAAGCUUGAGCAAAGGAUCAUCAUGAGAACUUUAGGAGAGUAAAGGAUUACUAGUGUGCUCUUGAGAAGAUUCAAGUAAAAAAAUGGUUCUUAAGGCAGUAUAAUUAAAGGAUUGUUAGGAUGAGUGUUAACUAAAUAUGGCAAAAUUCUAGUAGUUAUAUUAUUGAGUUCGUGUUAGGUGUUAUUUACAAUGUAAAAUUUUUUAUUAGAGAGCUAUUUUAGUCUUCAAUAUUAGAGUAUGUUUGGAUGUUCUUAUGUGC